GUUUGACAGUUCGACUAGAGAUAAGCGAAAAUUGUUUUGACUGACCGUGAGUCAUUCAUAUUACAAAUAAUUAUUUCCAACUCCUUGUUCGUUGUUACUUUAGGCUGUGCCUAGUGCUAAACUCAAAGGUCCACGCACCUUUAUCGUUUUUGUGUUUAAAGUUUUUUAUAAGCCGUCAAACUGGGGAACGAAAUGUCGUCAUCCGCUAUGGAAAAACACCUCUUUAAUUUAAAAUUUGCUGUAAAAGAGUUAGAGAGGAACUCAAAAAAAUGUGAGAAAGAAGAAAAGUUGGAGAAAGAGAAAGCCAAGAAGGCGAUACAGAAAGGCAACUUGGAAGGAGCGCGGAUACAUGCAGAGAAUGCUAUACGGCAGAAGAAUCAAGCUCUCAACUACCUGAGGAUGUCAGCGAGAGUGGAUGCAGUGUCCAGCAGAGUACAAACAGCACUCACAACUAGAAAGGUAACAAAUUCCAUGGCGGGUGUAGUAAAAGCGAUGGACGCGGCAAUGAAAUCAAUGAACCUGGAAAAGAUAUCAACACUUAUGGACAAGUUCGAGAGCCAAUUCGAAGAUCUGGAUGUCCAGUCGUCAUACAUGGAGAACGCGAUGUCACAAACAACGACAACCACAGUACCACAGGGAGAUGUCGACAAUCUAUUGCAGCAAGUUGCUGAUGAAGCAGGAUUGGAACUCAACAUGGAGCUGCCGUCCGGGGUCCCCAGUACAUCAGUGGGCACCGCCACCGUCGUGUCGCAGGAACAAGACGAGCUCACGCAGAGACUCGCGAGAUUACGACAGGCCGAAUAACAUAGCGUUGUACAGAUAUACGUUACGUGUCAUUAUGUUGUAUGCACUAUCCUCAACUGUUGAAGACCUAAAUAACAUAUUCGUUGUAAGGAAAAUGUUUUGCUAACAAGUUGGUGCAGGGUUAAGUACAAAGCAUUAUUGCUAAUACCGCUAAUAUAUUUGAGCCAUACUGUCUUAUUAACCAGUGAGCAGGAAAAUUGAUUACCAGGAGUAAAUAACGAUUAUGUAUUUACUAUUUCGUGAUUUUUUUCACAAGCGCUAUUCGGAAAUUAAAAAUAUUAAGUCUACGAUAAAGAUUACGGUACGAUUUCAGCAAUUAUAGUUUACUCUAUGAUGUUGGCAAGUUUUAUCUUAACUAUAAAGGAGAUUAAGAUGCAAUUGUGAAUGCGAGUCGGCGGAUGUUUUCUCAAAUAUUAAUACUCAAAAAA